AUGCGUUCACGGCAUCAGUCUAGCUCUGCUGACCCUGCACUCCCAUCCCGUAUCCUAGACCUUACCUCAUCGGAAGAGUCUUCUGGUGGUUUGAGGCUUAUAGACGGAUCGGGCAAGCAGGGUAGGUAUGCAGUUCUCACAUACUGCUGGGGCCCUAAGCCAGAAAAGGUGUCCAAAACAACUACAGACACACUCGCGCAGAGGAUGGAAAGCAUUGAUCUUGGCCAGCUCAGUCCAUUGUUCCGUGACGCGGUCCAGGUAUGCAGGUAUCUUGAGAUCCCAUAUCUGUGGAUCGACGCCCUGUGUAUUGCUCAGGAUUGUAAAAACGAGUGGUAUAAUGAGGCGAGGCGGAUGCGCAACGUAUAUUCAGACGCUUUUCUCACAAUUUCUGCCGCUUCCGCUGAGUCGCCCGAGGAAAGACUGUUACUCCCGGUUGAGACCGAGAGCAAGCCAGAUCCGCAGAGCGUGCAGCCGGCAGCGCCUAUCUUCAAAUACGAAGGGGGAGGAAAGGUGCUGCAGUUGUGUGCACUGCGCGAGGUUCCUUCAGGCGAAGCUGAGAGCGGCGUGCUCUCCCGGCGCGGAUGGUGCCUGCAGGAGCGUUAUCUGUCUCGCAGGACCGUCCACUUCACAAAGAGCUACACGGAGUGGGAGUGCCUGACCAAGGCGCAGUUGGAAGACCGAGACGUCUCUGCUAGUGGGCCGGUCUGGGAGCUGCUGCGACCUCUGGGGCCUGACGGGUUUCAGCAGCAAGUGACCGACGACAAGGCUGCUCAGAAUGGCGAACCAUAUACGACUUGGUACUACUUACUCGCAGACUACAGCCGUCGCCGCAUGACAUAUUCCACGGACCGACUAGCGGGGAUCCUCGGCCUUGCUGAUCUCUUUGCGCAGGCGACGGGGGAUCAUCUGGUCGGUGGGCUGUGGGCUUCAGAUCUGGUGCGCGGGAUGAUGUGG